UAUAGAAGCGAUUUCUAGAUAUAGCCAGUCCACUGGAUUCUUGGAGAACGCAGAGUGACAGAGAAUUUUGUUCUCAGCACAGCAGCUGGUUAUGAGCAACACUUUCUGCAUACUGGAUUUUGUGGCCUGAAUUUGUUUUAAGCUCUGAAGGCACCAGGAUCAUAGGACAAAAGAACGGCAUAGAAAAUGCCAGAGGCUAACCAGGCCUUUGUCACGCUGGCUACAAGUGAUGCCUACUGCAUGGGGAGUCUAGUGGUGGGCAAGUGCUUGCGAAGGCAUGGAACGACCCGAAAACUGGUGGUUAUGAUUUCUCCCAAUGUUAGCACAGGAGCACGUCUGACUUUGGAAGACGUGUUUGAUGAGGUUAUAGUGGUGGACAUGUUGGACAGCAGGGACAGGACUCACCUCUUCUGGCUGUGGCGUCCCGACCUAGGAGUCACUUUUACCAAGCUUCACUGUUGGACGCUUACACAGUACACCAAGUGUGUGUUCCUGGAUGCUGAUACACUUGUGCUGUGUAAUGUCGAUGAGCUGUUCGAGCGAGAAGAGCUCUCUGCAGCUCCAGAUCCGGGCUGGCCCGACUGCUUCAACUCUGGCGUGUUUGUAUUCAGACCGUCACUGGAGACUCACUCAUGCCUGCUGGAGCAUGCCAAGAUGUGUGGCAGCUUUGAUGGAGGAGAUCAAGGACUCUUAAACGCCUUUUUCAGUGACUGGGCUAUAAAGGACAUCAAUAAACAUCUACCGUUCAUUUACAACCUCAGCGCUACUACAAUCUACACUUAUUUACCAGCUUUCCACAAGUAUGGCCAUCAGGCAAAGAUCGUCCACUUUCUAGGAAAAGACAAGCCUUGGCUUGUCCCAUACAAGCAGCAUCCAUUCACUGAAGUUACUCAUUGGAGUUUUAACAAGAACGUGGAGAAAUAUGUCAAUCUGUGGUGGGAGGAGUACUACAGUCACACAAAAAUGCAUGCAAAUGAACCUCAUGAGCUCCAGGAUUCAGAACCGGCAGAACAGCUAGGCAUGUUGGCGAUUGCACCCUGUUCCACCCAUGCAGACACUUCGCCACAUAUGUCCGAACCUGCUGCAAUCUCACCCACCGCUCCUCAUCUUCACAGCCAGGCUUCUUUCUCUCAGGCAGAGGCCAGAGAAGAGAUAAUACCUAGUGAAUCAUUUACGAAGCCAACGUUGAAUGCGCCAAGUUCAAGCAUGCAUCAUCAGAUGGAGGACAUGAGUUCUGAUCCUGAUGUCGUAUCAGUUGCCUAUCCUGUGGAUUUGGAAAAGUCUGAGCUUCAGGAAGUAGUUGAACAAAAACAGGAAGAUGACAUCUCAGGACCAGAAUCAGACCUCACAUCAGACCCUGCCACAAUGGAGGCUUUGGAGAGUACAGAGCACCGGAGGAGAUGGGAACAGGGAGAUAUUGAUUACCUGGGCAAGGAUGCAUUUGAAAACAUCCGGCUGAAACUUGAUCAAUUUCUCAGUUAACUACUUGUUGUGAAUAAGUAACACGUUUAGAUAGAUUGAUUGUAUCCGUUAUUAUUCAGCAGCUAUUUUACAGCUAAUCAAAGGGACUCCUAAGUGACAAAUUUACCCUAGUGUCUGGGGUUCACGAGUUUGAAUCCCAUCAGGUACAGACAUCCACGGCCUGAAACCUGAAGCGAUGUCAUACUCUCUCUGCUUUGACACCAAUCAGCAAUCAUGGGAAUCAGUGAAUUUAGGUACGUAGAAAAGGCAAGAUAGCAUCUUUUAAUGUAAGGUGUCUUGAGAAGAGGAAGAACAUGCUAACCUUCACCUUCCCUGAUUGUUAGGAUGAUGAUGUAGUGGAGAGUUAGCUAGUGGGUGGAAAAUGGCAGACCAGACCAAAUCAGGGAAAAAAUAGAGGGCAGUGCCCUGUUAGUGCUGAAAGACACACAUGAGGAUAGAAACAAUCCUCACUCGCUUACUCAUCGACUACACUGCAUUAUCUUGUAUACCCAGGAGACAUAGGUGGGGCGCCAAUUCAUCGUAGGGCACUCACACACUCACACACUACAGGCAAUUUGGUAAUGCCAAUUAGCCAAUUAGCAUGUCUUUGGAGUGUGGGAGGAAAUCCACCAAGCACUAAAAGAACAUGCAAACUCCAUGCACACAGACCUGAGGCGGGAAUC